AUGCAAGCAAUAUGGCAGGCUUACGAGGAUAUGCCACCUGUCACCCGUGUCUAUACUACGGCGUGUGUUUUGACCACUCUUGCUGUGCAACUUGAAUUUGUAACGCCAUUCCAUUUAUAUUUAAAUUGGCACUUAAUUCUUUAUGAAUAUCAAUUUUGGCGACUUAUAACAUCAUUCUGUUUUUUUGGUGUAUUUGGCUUUAGUUUUUUAUUCAGUAUGAUUUUUACGUAUCGAUAUUGUAUGAUGCUUGAAGAAGGAUCAUUUCGAGGACGACGUGCUGAUUUUGUUUUUAUGUUUCUUUAUGGCGCAGUCUUCACUAUUAUUUGUGGCACGUUUGUUCAUAUGGUAUUCCUUGGGCAAGCAUUUACAAUUAUGCUGGUUUAUGUUUGGAGCCGGCGAAAUCCUUAUGUUAGAAUGAAUUUUUUCGGUGUAUUGAGUUUCAAUGCUCCUUAUCUUCCAUGGGUUCUGCUGUUGUUCUCUCUUCUUCUUGGAAAUAAUCCAACUGUUGAUUUCAUAGGUAUUGCUUGCGGUCAUUUUUAUUACUUUUUGGAAGAUAUUUUCCCACUUCAGCAAAAUGGAUUCAGAGUUCUAGAAACACCUCAGCUCUUGAAGUGGUUGUUUGACCCACCACCAUUAAUACCAGUUCCUGAAGACGAGAGACCUGGUGGUUAUGAAUGGCAACAGCAGGCUCCAUGA